CCUUUUCAAUGAAAAACGAAACGAAAUCUGAGUACCCAAAACAAGAGUAGACAUUACAGUGCUAAGCGAUCUAGAGAGAGAGAGUUAAGGAAGAAGAUGAUAAGUGUAGGGAAGAUCAAACAGUACUCAAAUGUUCUUGAGAGACCCCUCAGCAAAGGCAAACAAGAGGUCAGUUUGAGUGCUUUUGCUUUCUUGUUUUCGGAGCUUGUUCAGUACAAUCAGACUCAAGUGGACAACAUUACUGAAUUAGAGCGAAGGUUAGAGGAUGCUGGCUAUGCUGUUGGAGCCCGAAUUUUAGAACUUCUCUGCCAUAGGGAAAAGGGAAACAGAAGGGAGACACGACUACUGGGUAUAUUAUCAUUUGUGCAUAGCACAGUAUGGAAGGUUUUGUUUGGGAAGGUUGCUGACUCUCUCGAGAAAGGCACUGAACAUGAAGAUGAAUAUAUGAUUAGUGAGAAGGAGCUCCUUGUCAACAGAUUCAUUUCAAUUCCAAAAGAUAUGGGUGCUUUCAACUGCGGAGCUUUUGUUGCGGGUAUUGUAAGGGGAGUUCUUGAAAAUGCAGGUUUCCCAGCAGUAGUGACAGCUCAUUUUGUUCCUGUGGAGGGGCAGCACCGACCCCGGACAACAAUUUUGAUAAAAUUUGCUGAAGAGGUACUAAGAAGGGAAGCAACACUAGUUUGAUGUUUAUUUGUCAUUAUAUUUGGUGCAAAAUGCUUGAACAACAUUAUGAUGAGAUGACAAAUGAAAGAUCCUUUGAUUGUUCAACACAUCUUAGGUUCAUGUCAAUCCUAAGAUCAUACAAUUGCCAGUUGUGACAUUAUUUUCUAUAGUACUAUAGUUGACUUGUUCAAUGCAUCUUAGGUUUACCGCGAUAAAUUGUAUCAAAACAUCAAGCAUUUACUUCUUUGGUGUAAAAUAUUUGCACUUUGGAAGGUGAUUUCUGGAAAUUUUAUGUUGUUGAUGAGCUAUGAGUAGAAAGUUAUUUGAGACAAGUUCAA